AUGAAUUCAUUUAUUGCAACUUUAGCUGGACUUUUUCUAGUCUAUGCAACAGUCAUAACAACUGUCUAUUCUGUUGAUCUUCACGGUGUAGAAGUAACAAAAGAUGAAUUAAUUUCAUUAACACGUGAUCAUUUUGGACGUACAGAUCCUGAUGCUUUACUCAACGGAUUUUUUCCAGUUUGGGCUGUCAUUCAAUUUCUAAUUUCAGCUUUCUUUCUUGUUAUUGCUCUUCUAAGUGUUGCAUGUUAUUUAUUGGGUUGUAGAACACCAGCAGAAGAACGUACCAAACGAGUUAAAUAG